AUGGCAGUCAAUGGGGAGAGUGCGCAACACCUGGACCGCGAGGAGCUGCGCCGCGGACUCGUGACCAGCUCCACAAAGCGCCGUAUCCAUGAGCUGUCGGGCCUGCAGCAUCAGGUAGAAGACGAUUCCCUCCUGCCCCCGGACCUCAAAAUCCUCCUCGAGCUCCUCUUCGAGACAUAUCCCCUCUACGACGACAGCGAUUCGAGACGAGCCGUCGAACAAGUCCUCCGAUCCCUGAUCAGUAGCACGCAUGGCAAUUUGGUGCUCUCCGCAGUCGUCGAAUUUCUGAAGAGAGAAUCGCAGAAAAAAAGCCUGGCAUUGAGCAAUGUUACUGUAUUGAUAGACUGGUGCUCGGUCCUCUUGCAACAUUUCGCAAACGUGCCGGAUCAAUGGGCAAAACAUGGGUUAGACGUCGCGCUUGCCCUCGCAAGAGUGCUGGAGCUAUGCAUGAGCAUUGAGGAUAAGAGACGAGGUGCGCGCGUCCACCAUUCCGCCCUUGUUUCGACACGCCGAGCAUUGCGUCCCCUGUUCCGCGCGAAGGACAUCGGAGAAGAUGCGCUUGGCAAGUUGGUCACUACUCUUGCGGCCAAGGGUGCAUCGUCCACGGCUGGAAAUGCCGUCCUCCUCGGUGCCAUUGCCGGCGUCUCAUCACGCCUAUCGACCGUUAAGCCUCUGAUAGAAGCCCGCAAACAGGAAUACUAUACUUUCUACGUGCGAGAGAUUGUCGGAUCACGGACCCAGUUGCCCGACCAUAUAUCGCACGCUUUCCACGACUUCUUCGACAGCUUCGCGACACUGGAAGAGCUGCGAAAGGAGGUCAUUCCUCCAAUCGAAAAGGCACUCCUCCGCGCACCAGAGGUGGUGUUGAACGACAUCGUUACGCCCAUGGUAUUAGCUCUGCCCAAAGACAUGGACCUCUCCGACGUGCUUCUCGGCAACCUGCUUAAACCACUCCUUUCGAAUGUCAAGUCAACAAACCCUAGCAUUCGCGCGGGGGCCCUUCGCACGUUCCAAGCACUCGCUUCGCGGUCCCGUAGCGAUUCAGCAAUAGGCAAAAUUACAGAUGAAGUCUUGAACCCGCUGAAGCAGGGUAAAAUCAGUGGAGUCGAUCAAAAGGUGCUUCACGCCCAAAUGUUGAGCGCGCUCCCGGAGUCCGCCGCGUCAUCGCAGAAGAUUCCUAUUGCGAUUGCGCCAGUAGCUCUCAAGGAACCGAACGAAGCCGCUGUGGUCGCCGAAGUGGCUGCCCUAACAAAGCAUCUGAAAUUCGGUCUGGCAAAUGGUGUCGUUAUGGAGAAAUCCAUAUCAGAUGCCUUCAUCAAAGGAAUGGCUGACAAGCGCGUUCCGAUUCGGCGACUUUGGGCCCUUCGCACCGCGGACCUAUUGUGGGAUCUAACCCCUCAGCAACUAGAAAGAAAGGAUGUUAUCUCUUUCUACCAAGCUUCGCUCCCAAAAUUGGUAGAGAUCUGGCAAGAGGCCAAUGCCAAUCCUGUCCCAGCUACUCAAAGCGGACUGGUAACGGUGGGACACUAUGUGACCGCUCUCUUAGCAAGCAGAGUCCAGUCUUCUGGCGAUGCUACACUCAACGGAAUUUACAAGAAGUCUGAUGUUGUUGCUCAGUCUUUCGCAAUAAAGCCUAAACCUUCGUUUCUGCUCAAUCCACGCGUCUACUCCAAGCUCAAUACUGAAGAGGACGUCGAGAUCGCCUUGCGUGCUCUGACUGCUGUCUCGCCUUGGCUUCUUGAAGAACGUACACCCAUUGAGGCACGUGAAGCGUGGGCACAUGCUUUCAUAUUCUUCAUAGUCGCACAAGGUGUCUCGACCAAAGCCAAAGCAGCUGCUAAAUUGGUCCUGGAGAAGGCUUACGUACAGGCACCCAGCCAGAUCAGUAGCGUCAUUAUAGCUGGACUGUGGUCAUGGUACAAGUCGGACGAGUCAGGCGACAAAGAGAGUGCGGCGGUCGCUUCGAAAUCCGGGGUCAGCGAGUUGUACAACGUUCUUGCUUCAAUUUGUCUUUCCCAAGAUUCUGUGAAAAAGCACGACGCAAGCAUAGACGCUGAACAUCUGCGAGAACAAAGCGUCAGCCUUCUUCUACUAGCGAGACCCGAACUCAUGCCCCGAGUCUCCUGGAUCGAUCUUUCCCUACGAAUGGGCGUCGAUCCGGGACGAUUGGUCAAAGACAAGUUGCAAGAGUGUGUCGAGCUCAUUAAUAGCGCCACGAUGGACCAGGAGAACAAUUCAUUCCCGUCCAUCAUUCAAGCUGCAUACAGCGCAUAUACUGAUCUAGCGUUUGUUGCCCCGGAAGUUGCAUUACCAGUCAUCGUAGACCAGUUCAGCGGAGACCUCGACGCACAACAGCUGGAGUCUGUCGGUCCUACCGAAGCUGCCAUCUUCCGGACACCAGAAGGCACCGCAUACAUCGAUGUCCUUUCAAAGAAGGCUCCCGUUACAAUCGAUAAGAAUACCAAAGACUAUGACACCUUGAAAUGGGAAGAGGAGCUGAGGGCGCAAUUGGCGCAGAAAACCGGUCAAACCAAGAAACUCACUGCUGACGAGCAGGCCAAAGUCAAAGCUCAGUUGGCCAAGGAAGCUACCAUCCGGAAAGAAGUCGCAGCUGUUGAGCAGAAAAUGAGACGUGGUGUUGGGAUAAUUCGAAGUUUGGCAACCGGUCCGCCUACUGAAGCAGAACAGUGGAUGGGUCCCGCGGUCAAUUUUCUCAUCCAAGCUAUCCGUGCUGGUGCUGGCCUAUUACUCGGAGAUCUGCCCGCGACUGCAUAUAUCAAACUUUCCGAGCGAGCUUCCUCCCGCCUAGGCCCCUUUAGACCAUUCGUCGGAAUUGCCACGUUGAGGACCAUUGGCUCGAUCCAGCUACCGGCGGAGUAUGAAGCGGAAAACCUAGGAGAUAUGAUCACUCGAGUGCUUUAUCGCCUUCGCUUCCUGAGCGAUCAACGACCUUUAGACGCUGUGUCCCUGGCCUACUGCUUUCCUCUUAUCUUCCUCGUCCUCGAGAAGGGAGGCAUAGGCCGUGCAGACCCUGAAGAAGCUGAUGAACAGUUGAUAUUGGCCAUUGAAUUCAUAUCAUUCCAUACAAACUCUUGUACCGACAACCGACUUCCACGCAAGCAACUUAUCGAGACCUUAAUAGCUUCUAUGCAACAUUACAACCAACACUACAAAUUAAUCAAAGACUGCAUCAUGGACUUGGCUCGUGGUCUGGCUGCAAAUAUCACAGACGAGGAACUGACAGCACUGCUAAAGGGGAUUAUAGUGCCAGAGGUCGCUGUACGGACAACAGUGUUACAAGCAAUCGACGCGGAACUCGACAUGAACGAUCAACCUUUCAGCGAAGAGGUUUGGCUUGCUUGUCAUGAUGAUGUCGAGGAAAAUGUUGAGUUAGCCCGCACAAUUUGGGAGGAUAACGAGCUGCAAGUGAAUGCCGACGUUGCGGCCAAAACCAUACCAUACCUGGAUUCGUUGGACAAACAACUACGACGGGCAGCAGCACGCUCUAUCGGCGAGACAGUGUCUCACUAUCCGGCAAUAUUCCAUGAGACUCUUAAGACCCUCCAAGAAUCGUAUAAGGAGAAAGCUAAGCCGCGGAUGCCCGAGCGUGACGAGUACGGCAUGCCGCGCAAGGUUGACCUGCGCGACCCAUGGGAAUCACGAGAUGGUAUCGCACUUGCAUAUAAAGAGAUGAAGUCUUCAUUUAAAGAUGAAGAUCUUGUCGACUUCUUACGAUUCAUGGUUUACGAUGGUCCUCUCGGUGACAAGAGUGCUACGGUUCGCGACGAAAUGAUCGAAGCUGCCACAUCCGUCAUCACCGAAAAAGCUCAGUCUAAAGUAGAGCAAUUGAUGGAGUUGUUCGAAUCUGCAUUGGAGGACCCGGACCGGAAAUCGGAAAUGUACGACCAAGUCAACGAGGCCGUUAUCAUUCUUUACGGUGCUUUGGGAAGACAUCUGAAGAAGGGCGACAAACGUGUUCCCAAAGUUGUACAGCGCUUAUUGGCAACCCUGAGCACACCAUCCGAGUCAGUGCAAUACGCUGUCGCACAAUGUUUGCCACCAUUAGUACGGACGUCUGAGCAAGAAUUGCAGACGUACGUUGAGCAGAUGUUGGAGCAGCUGUUGCAGUCUAAGAAGUAUCCCGCUCAGCGUGGUGCCGCCUACGGUCUCGCUGGAAUCGUUAGUGGCAAGGGCAUAAGCAUCAUCAAGGAGUAUCGUAUCAUGUCAACGCUACGCAGCGCCACGGAGAACAAGAAGGAGGUCCACCAGCGUCAAGGUGCCUUCCUCGCUUUCGAGCUGUUCUCUCUCAUCCUGGGUCGCGUAUUUGAGCCCUAUGUCAUUCAGCUAGUUCCACAAUUGCUGGCUGGAUUCGGCGACUCGAGUGCGGAUGUGAGAGAGGCCUGUUUGGAUGCCGCGAAAACUUGCUUCUCGACACUUAGCUCCUUCGGUGUCAAGCAAGUCUUGCCGACCCUCUUAGAUGGCCUUGAUGAUGACCAGUGGCGAAGCAAGAAGGGUGCUUGCGACUCACUAGGAGCCAUGGCAUAUCUCGAUCCGCAACAGCUCGCCUUGAGUCUGCCUGACAUCAUCCCGCCACUUACCACAGUCUUGACUGAUAGUCACAAGGAAGUGCGCAAUUCUGCUAACCGCAGUUUGCAACGCUUCGGUGAAGUCAUUAGUAACCCCGAAGUCAAGAGUGUUGUCAGCAUCUUGCUAAAAGCGCUCAGCGACCCGACCAAGCAUACAGAUACUGCUCUCGACGCUCUCAUCAAGAUUCAAUUCGCGCAUUACUUGGAUGCGCCGUCUCUUGCUCUCGUCGUGCGCAUUCUGGAGCGAGGUUUGGGCGACCGCUCUGCGACCAAGCGCAAAGCAGCACAGAUUAUCGGCAGUCUUGCCCAUCUUACAGAGCGCAAAGAUCUCAUCGCGCAUCUCCCUAUCUUGGUCGCCGGUCUGCGUGUUGCCAUUGUCGACCCUGUACCAACCACUCGCGCAACGGCAUCGAAAGCCUUGGGUUCCCUCAUGGAGAAGCUUGGAGAGGAUGCGCUGCCCGAUCUCAUUCCCAGCCUCAUGGCGACCCUCAAGUCCGACACCGGAGCAGGCGACCGCCUCGGAUCCGCUCAAGCGUUGUCCGAAGUGCUUGCCGGAUUGGGGACAGGUCGCUUGGAAGAAACUCUCCCAAGCAUCUUGCAGAACGUUUCGAGCAGCAAGCCAUCGGUGCGGGAAGGUUUCAUGUCGCUCUUCAUCUUCUUGCCCGCUUGCUUCGGCAACAGCUUUGCAAACUACCUCAGCAAGAUCAUUCCGCCUAUUCUUGGAGGACUUGCGGAUGAUGUGGAGUCCAUCCGCGAAACUGCGUUGCGUGGCCGACUGCUCGUCAAGAACUUUGCUACUAAGGCCAUUGACCUGCUGCUGCCCGAACUCGAGCGUGGUCUUGCGGAUGACAGCCACCGCAUCCGUCUCAGUUCCGUCGAGCUCGUGGGAGACUUGCUCUUUAAUCUCACUGGUAUCAGCGGCAAGGCAGAAGAUGAUGAGGUUGAAGAAGGUGCCAAAGAAGCAGGGCAGUCGUUGUUGGACGUUCUUGGAGAGGAGAAGCGGGACAAGGUCCUCUCGGCUCUGUACAUCUGCCGCAACGAUAUCUCCGGACUUGUACGAUCCGCUGCCAUCAACGUCUGGAAGGCACUUGUCGCCACUCCACGUACCCUACGCGAGAUCAUCCCAACCCUUACCCAGCUCAUCAUCCGCCGUCUGGCCAGCUCAAACAUGGACCAAAAGGUUAUUGCUGGCAACGCGCUUGGAGAACUUAUCCGCAAGGCUGGAGACGGUGUACUCGCGACUUUGUUGCCUACAUUGGAAGAAGGCUUGCAAACUACUGACACGGAUGCCAAGCAGGCAGCCGCCACGCCGGAGCAACUUGAAGACUACGAGAAGACUCUUAUUCAAGUUGUACGAUCCGCCCUUGUCGAUCCUAAUGCCGAGGUUCGUGAAGCAGCUGCUGAAGCUUUCGAUGCCUUGCAAGAGAUUCUCGGCAAGAGGGCCAUCGAUCAGGUUCUGCCCCACCUAUUGGCUCUCCUUCGCAGCGAGGAUGAUGCGCAAAAUGCUCUCUCUGCGCUUCUUACUUUACUCACAGACAAUGCGCGGUCGAACGUCAUUCUACCAAAUCUCUUGCCGACGUUGCUCAAAUCACCGAUGUCCGGUUUCAACGCCCGGGCUAUCGCAUCUCUUGCUGAGGUCGCUAGCAACGCCAUGGCUAGACGUUUGCCCAACGUUCUCAACACGAUCAUGGACAACGUCAUUAGGUGCAAGGAUGAUAAUCUUAGGCAAGAGCUAGAAGAUGCCUUCGACGCUGUACUGCUUUCAGUGGACGAGUUCGAUGGUCUUAAUACGGCCAUGAGCGUCAUGUUGACAUUGAUGAAGCACGAUGAUGAACACAGGCGCGCAAAGGCCGACUACCACCUUGCCAAGUUUUUCGAAGAAACCGAGGUGGAUUUCUCUCGUUACUAUCCCGACCUCAUUCGCGUCCUACUCGUCUCCUUCGACGACCGCGACAAGGAAGUCGUCAAGGCAGCUUGGACUGCGCUCAGCGCUCUCACCAAACAGUUACGCAAAGAGGAAAUGGAGUCUCUCGUCAUCUCCACGCGGCAAUCAUUGCAACAAGCCGGCGUUGCAGGCCACAAUCUUCCUGGUUUCUCACUGCCAAAAGGUAUCAGUGCCAUUUUGCCGAUCUUCUUGCAAGGUCUCAUGAACGGAUCCACCGACCAGCGAACCCAAGCCGCCCUUGCAAUUUCAGACAUCAUCGACCGCACCGACGCGAAGGCUCUCCAGCCUUUCGUCACGCAGAUCACCGGUCCCCUUAUUCGUGUGGUCACCGAACGCUCCACAGAAGUCAAAGCCGCUAUCCUGCUCACUCUCAACAAUUUGCUCGAAAAGAUUCCCACGUUCCUCAAGCCUUUCUUGCCACAGCUGCAACGAACUUUCGCCAAGUCUCUGGCCGAUACGUCUUCCGAUGUUCUUCGGGCACGUGCGGCUAAGGCGUUGGGUACGUUGAUCAAGCUCACACCUAGGGUGGAUCCCCUGAUUGCGGAGCUGGUCACGGGUUCCAAGACAGCCGACCAAGCAGUCAAGGCCGCUAUGCUCAAGGCACUCUUCGAGGUGGUCAGCAAAGCCGGCAAAUCCAUGAACGAGACGAGCAGGAAUGCCAUUCUCGGUUUGAUCGAUACAGAUGUCGGGGACGAGGGUGAUGCAAUGGCUAUCACCAACUCUCGUCUCCUUGGUGCGCUUAUUGGUGUCCUACCAGUGGAGACUGCCGCGGGACUGAUCAAGACCCGUAUAUUGACUACGCACUUCAGCAAGGCGUCGAUUCUCGCCCUCAAUGCAGUCUUGCUCGACUCGCCUGACGCACUAAUCGACAACUUCCCCGACGAGACCGUAGACACAAUCUCCAAGGGCAUCGCUUCUUCGCAGGACAUUGUGCGCGACAACGCCGUCCUGGCAUCAGGCAAAUACCUACUCCUCGAGCGCGCCGCCAAAUCAUACGACCAUACCAAACCCCUCUUCGAGGCGCUCGCCCCUGUAGUAGCUCCCGGCAACCCAAGCGACACACGGCGCCUAUCCCUCGUGGUUCUGCGCACCAUAGCGCGCACACACAACGAUCUCGUACGCCCGCACAUCCCCCUCCUCACACCGCCCAUCUUCGCUUCCGUGCGCGAUCCGGUUAUCCCUGUUAAGCUAGCCGCGGAAGCGGCCUUCCUAGCGCUCUUUAGCGUCGUCGACGAAGAAGCUGCGGUAUUCGAUAAGUACAUGCAAGCGCACGGGAAGGACCUAGGACCGGGUCCCCAGCGCUCUAUGGGCGACUAUUUCAAGAGGGUUGCUUUGAGACUCGCUGGUCAAGCGAGGGAGAGGAGAGAGGCGGAGGGCGGGGAGGGCGGAUUGGGACUUAGUAGUGAUGAGGUGGAGGAUGAAAGGGAGGUGUGGAGUGUGGGGAUGGUGGAGUUGGGUGAUGUUUUUGCGCAGUAG